AUGGACUCGUCCACACCUGCAAGCCAAGACUCUGGUACGGCCGAUGAAGACAGGCUGGAACCGCUGAGCAGACAAGAGACCAAGGUCUCGUACACUUACAAGGGCACCCGAGGCUGGCGUCGGUGGAGAGCCCUGCGGCCUGGACGCGGUAUUUAUCACGACAUCAAGAGGAGACUCCCGUACUAUUGGAGCGAUAUCUCGGAUGCCUGGACAUACCGGACCGUUGCUAGCACGAUUCGUAUGUAUUUUGUCAAACGAACCGGCGACUUCUUUGGUGUCAACGAAGCCCUCUUCUCAUCCGCCCUGGCGGCCAUCGUUUUUAGCGUGCUCAGCUCCCAGCCCCUGACCAUCGUCGGCGUUACCGGCCUCAUCUCUCUCUUCAACUUUACCAUCUAUGACAUCAUCAGCAUCUACGAUGUUUCCAUCUACCCCCAAUUCAUGGCCUGGACCGGGAUAUGGGCAGCCAUCUUCCACUGGCUCGUCGCUAUUCUCAACGGCUGCGACUACAUGCGUUACGUGACCGACUUUUCCAGCGAAGCCUUUGGCAUGUAUGUCGGAAUUAUUUACAUUAUCAAGGGUGUCGAAGAGCUGGUGAAUGAGUUCGACGAGUACGGGUCUACGGCUGGAUACCUGGCUUGCAUGAUUGCCAUUCUCUACUUUGCUUCCGUAUAUGCCCUCGAGAAGUUGGGAAAUGGCAGGAUUUGGCAGGCUGGAUUCCGAGGAAUCCUCGCCGAUUAUGCUUACGUUUUCUGCACCGUCUUUUGGGUUGGCUUUUCGCAUAUCCCUGGGAGGAUCGAGCUCACGCAGGUUGGCCGAGUCCCGGUCACGAAAUCUUUCGCCCCUACCCAGAACCGAAGCUGGCUCAUCGAUUUCUGGAAUCUCGACGUGGGAUGGGUGUUUGUGGCAAUGCCGUUUGGUUUCUUGGUUAUGUUACUCUUCUAUUACGACCACUUCAAGAAUGUUAGCAGCAUUACGGCUCAAGCGCGCCAGUUCCCUCUCAAGAAACCUGGCGGCUUCCACUGGGACUUCUUCCUCCUUGGGUGCACCACUUUUGUCGCUGGAAUCCUGGGACUUCCAAUGCCGAAUGGUCUUGUACCGCAAGCGCCUGUACAUACUGACUCGCUUACCGUGUACAAGACAAGACUUCAGAUAAUCCCCACAGCCGAAGGAGAGGGCACCGAAAUCCGUCGACCAGUGGUCACAGCAGAAGCAGUGGUUGAGCAACGUGUUACCCACUUCCUCAUGGGGCUGGCUCUCAUUGGAACCAUGACUGGACCACUUCUGGUGGUACUGCAUACCAUGCCCGCUGCGGUUUUUGCCGGCGUCUUCUUCAUCGUUGGUUGGGGCUCCAUCGAAUCCAACGGUAUUCUCCAGAAGUUCAUCUACCUCCAGGCCGAAGAACGGUUCAUCCAGCGGGACGAACCCUUGCUGCAAGUCCGAAAGCGGAAGAUCUGGCUCUACAUCGCCAUCCAGUUCCUCACCGUCGCGGCAUGUGUUGCCAUCUCCCAUACCCUAGCCGCCAUCGGGUUCCCGGUGCUGAUCAUGUUGCUCAUACCGUUGAGGAUCUUGGUCAUACCCAGGUGGUUUCUGCUGGGAGAGUUGCAGGUGCUGGAUGACUUCACCGCAACAAACAAGAUCGUCCUUGCCAGCCUUGGUGGGAUGCCUGCACUGCCUGAACACGCUACUGUCGAGGGUUCAGGUCUUGAACGGAAACGGAGCGAGCGCCGGUUUGGAGUUCCGAGACAACGGGCGGGCAGCAUUCACCGGUAG